AUGCCGAAGACAUCUGCCUCAAAAAAUACAAAGAAAAAAGAGACCAAAAAUACGAUAGUCCAGAAUAGCAAAGUCUCAUUCCCGAUCCUCACAAAAAAGAAAUAUAUUCAAGCAGAAGAACUAGAACCCAACCAGAUCUAUGUCAUUUCGAAUUUCUUCAAUGACAAAGAAUGUGAUGCACUGAUCAAAUACUUUGAGAUCAACCUCCCUCCAUUACCACGGCCGGCUGGUAAACCAAAAAAAGGAGAAGCCUUUCGUAACAAUGAUCGGCAAUCGAUACAGAAUACAUCUAUUGCAAGUGUGCUAUGGGAAAAUCUUGAAGAUAUCGUUCGGGCAUCACCUAUUACCGCAGACCAUAAUAUCAACGGGGGCACCACAAUUGUUGCUAGCAGUAAGGUACCACGAGGUUUGAAUUCCAAUAUUCGUGUCUAUAGAUAUAGAGAAGGACAUUCGUUUGGUGCGCAUUACGACGACAGUGUGCAAGACAAAAUAACAGGUUUAUGGACAGAUUGGACUUUGCUUAUCUAUCUUAACGAAGACAUGGAGGGUGGGGAAACUGUCUUUUACAGAUUGAAUAAGCACCAGAAUUGCAAGUCUGAACCUAUCGUUGUACGGCCAAAAAAGGGAAUGGCUUUGCUUCAUAGACACGGAACACACUGCUUGCUACACGAAGCAAAGGAAGUGACCAAAGGAAAUAAAUGGGUUCUAAGGAGUGAUUUAUUGAUGGGUUAA